AACAAAUUUCUGUCCGGCAAGUUUGUGAUGACAUAAGACCAUCGCAUUUCAAAUUUGGCCAAUAGUUUUUUAAAUUAAUGGUAAAUUAAACACGAUAAGUUUCUUUUCAUCGAUCGCGCAUUUCGAAACCUGUAAGUAGAAUGUCCUACCCAGACAAGGAAUCGAGAGCCGCCUGUUGGGCCGCCCGGGACCAAUAUUGGAGCUGUCUGGACGAAAAAGCUCCCCAACAUUGCUCCACUAGUGGUCAACCGGAACCAAAAGAAUGCCUUGCUCUGCGAAAGUUGUUCGAGAAAGGAUGCCCUGGCCAAUGGGUGAAACAUUUCGAUCGGAAGCGAACAUUCGAACAGUUCAAAGCGAAAAUGGCCAAAGGUUACGAGCCGGUGGAAGCACAGCAGAAAUAAUUGGAACUGAAACAUAUUUAGAUUGCUUGAGUUUAACAUUUAAUCUUAAUCAUUAAAACUACCGAUGUACAGUUGUUGAAAUAAAUAAGAAUUCCUUACAUUUAAAAG